GCUGUCCUCAUGGCUCUAAGAGGCGCCUGUGCGCGGCUGCUUAGCCGCGGUCCAAGCCUGCGAAUCUUGCGCACAUGGAGCUCGGCGGCCGCGCAGACCGAGAAAGCUGGGAAGACACAGAACCGACUGACUAAGUCUUCGCGUCCUGAGUUUGACUGGCGGGAUCCCUUGGUUCUCGAGGAGCAGCUGACAGCAGAUGAGAUUCUCAUCAGGGACACUUUCCGGACUUAUUGUCAGGAGCGCCUCAUGCCCCGCGUUCUGCUGGCGAAUCGCAACGAAGUUUUCCAUCGGGAGGUCAUCUCGGAGAUGGGGGAGCUGGGCGUCCUCGGCCCUACCAUCAAAGGUUAUGGCUGUGCUGGGGCCUCAUCUGUGGCCUAUGGGCUCCUCGCCCGAGAGCUGGAGCGGGUGGACAGCGGCUACAGGUCAGCGAUGAGCGUCCAGUCCUCCCUCGUCAUGCACCCUAUCUACGCCUAUGGCAGUGAGGAGCAGCGGCAGAAGUACUUGCCCCGGCUGGCCAAAGGGGAGCUCCUGGGCUGUUUUGGGCUCACAGAACCCAACCAUGGAAGUGAUCCUGGCAGCAUGGAGUCCAGAGCUCACUACAACCCAUCCAGCAAGACCUACACCCUCAAUGGAGUCAAAACCUGGAUCACCAAUUCGCCUGUGGCUGACCUCUUUGUGGUGUGGGCUCGAUGUGAUGAUAACUGCAUUCGAGGUUUCCUGCUGGAGAAAGGAAUACAAGGCCUCUCAGCCCCCAAGAUAGAGGGCAAGUUCUCCCUGCGGACCUCAGCUACUGGAAUGAUCAUCAUGGACAAUGUGGAGGUGCCAGAAGACAAUGUGCUGCCCAGUGCGUCUGGUCUGGCGGGUCCCUUUGGCUGUCUAAACAACGCCCGGUUCGGUAUUACUUGGGGUGUGCUUGGAGCUGCUGAGUUCUGUUUGCACACAGCCCGGCAGUACACCCUGGACAGGGUCCAAUUUGGUGUCCCAUUAGCCAGGAACCAGCUGAUUCAGAAGAAGCUGGCUGACAUGCUCACCGAGAUCACACUGGGGCUUCACGCCUGCCUGCAGCUGGGCCGCUUGAAGGAUCGUGACAAGGUGACCCCGGAAAUGAUCUCUCUCUUGAAGAGGAAUAACUGUGGGAAGGCCCUGGACAUCGCCCGCCAGGCCCGAGAUAUACUGGGGGGCAAUGGGAUUUCUGACGAGUACCAUGUGAUCCGACACUCUAUGAACCUGGAGGCAGUGAACACCUAUGAAGGUACACAUGACAUUCAUGCACUGAUCCUGGGAAGAGCAAUCACGGGAAUUCAGGCAUUCACGGUUGGCAAAUGA